AGCUCUGCCAGCGGUGACUGCCCAUCCUCGGCCGCCAUGAGCCACCCGUCGGGCCUCCGGUCCGGAGUCAGUUCCACCUACUACCGCCGCACCUUCGGGCCACCGCCCUCGCUGUCCCCGGGGGCCUUCUCCUACUCUUCCAGCUCCCGCUUCUCGAGCAGCCGCCUGCUGGGCUCGGCGUCCCCCGGCUCCUCCGUGCGCCUGGGCAGCUUCCGCAGUCCCCGGGCGGGCGCGGGCGCCCUCCUGCGCCUGCCCUCGGAGCGCCUCGACUUCUCCAUGGCCGAGGCCCUCAACCAGGAGUUCCUGGCCACGCGCAGCAACGAGAAGCAGGAGCUGCAGGAGCUCAACGACCGCUUCGCCAACUUCAUCGAGAAGGUGCGCUUCCUGGAGCAGCAGAACGCGGCCUUGCGCGGGGAGCUGAGCCAGGCCCGGGGCCAGGAGCCGGCGCGCACCGACCAGCUGUGCCAGCAGGAGCUGCGCGAGCUGCGGAGGGAGCUAGAGCUGCUGGGCCGCGAGCGCGACCGGGUGCAGGUGGAGCGCGACGGGCUGGCGGAGGACCUGGCGGCGCUCAAGCAGAGGUUGGAGGAGGAGACUCGCAAGCGCGAGGAUGCGGAGCACAGCCUCGUGCUUUUCCGUAAGGACGUGGACGACGCCACCCUGUCCCGCCUGGAGCUAGAGCGCAAGAUUGAGUCUCUGAUGGAUGAGAUUGAGUUCCUCAAGAAGCUGCACGAGGAGGAGCUGAGAGACCUGCAGAUGAGCGUGGAGAGCCAGCAGGUGCAGCAGGUCGAGGUGGAGGCGACCGUGAAGCCCGAGCUGACGGCGGCGCUGAGGGACAUCCGUGCCCAGUACGAGAGCAUCGCGGCGAAGAACCUGCAGGAAGCAGAAGAGUGGUACAAGUCCAAGUACGCGGACCUGUCCGACGCCGCCAACCGGAACCACGAGGCCCUGCGCCAGGCCAAACAGGAGAUGAACGAGUCGCGACGCCAGAUCCAGAGCCUGACGUGCGAGGUGGACGGGCUUCGCGGCACGAACGAGGCGCUGCUCAGACAGCUGCGGGAGCUGGAGGAGCAGUUUGCCCUGGAAGCCGGCGGGUACCAGGCGGGCACCGCACGGCUCGAGGAGGAGCUGCGGCAGCUAAAGGAGGAGAUGGCGCGACACCUGCGGGAGUACCAGGAGCUCCUCAACGUCAAGAUGGCCCUGGACAUCGAGAUCGCCACCUACCGGAAGCUACUUGAGGGCGAGGAGAGCCGGAUCUCCGUGCCAGUCCAUUCCUUUGCAUCCUUAAGUAUAAAGACGACUGUGCCUGAGGUGGAGCCUCCCCAGGAGAGCCACAGCCGGAAGAUGGUUCUGAUCAAGACCAUUGAGACCCGGGAUGGGGAGCAGGUGGUGACAGAGUCUCACAAGGAGCAGCGCAGUGAGCUGGACAAGUCUUCUACUCACAGCUACUGAACUUGUUGGUCCAGAGCUCCCUGACCCUGCCCUAGACCUCUAAGCCCCCAUCCUAACACCAGUCCCGAAUUCGUCUCCUCCCCCUCUGCAUGUGUCCACCAGAUGGCUCCAGUCACCCCUUCCCUGGCUGUGGCCAAACCCUACCCAGCACCACAGCGGGACCUCUCCAUGCCCACAGAGACAUGAUCCGUAUGUUUCUCAUUUCUUAUCUUGGUAAGAGUCUAUAUGUUCCCCCAUUUCUUGUCCUGGUAAGAGUCUAUAUGUUCCCCCAUUGCUUGUCCUGGUAAGAGUCCAUAUGUUCCCCCAUUUCUUGUCCUGGUAAGAGGCCGACCAUCCCCAGGAUGAGUCUACUCCUGCCACGACCCCAAGAUUAGUGGGUGGGUCAGGGUCUGAGUUUCACUUUUAAAUCAAAUAAAACUGCU